AUGCUCGCGGCGGGGGUCGGAGUUCAGAGCGAGCGUCUCGCGGGCCGGAGGAGGAAGAUGGCGGUGGAGUCGCGCGUCACCCAGGAGGAAAUUAAAAAGGAACCGGAGAAGCCGAUCGAUCGGGAGAAGACAUGCCCGCUGCUGCUGCGGGUCUUCACCACCAAUAACGGCCGUCACCACCGAAUGGACGAGUUCUCCCGCGGAAACGUUCCCUCUAGCGAGCUGCAGAUUUACACUUGGAUGGAUGCAACCUUGAAAGAACUGACUAGUUUAGUAAAAGAAGUUUACCCAGAAGCUAGAAAGAAGGGCACACACUUCAAUUUUGCAAUUGUUUUUACAGAUCUUAAAAGACCUGGCUAUCGAGUAAAGGAGAUUGGCAGUACCAUGUCUGGCAGAAAGGGGACCGACGACUCAAUGACCCUGCAGUCGCAGAAGUUCCAGAUAGGAGAUUAUUUGGACAUAGCAAUCACCCCUCCAAAUCGGGCACCUCCUCCUUCAGGGCGCAUGAGACCAUAUUAAAUUUUAUUUACUGUUUCUUGAAUGUAUUUUCCAGUCAGUUAUGUAAAAUAAACAUACAUUUUCCUCCCCCUGAUUAUUGCCAUUAAGCCUUUAAACAAAUUGUAACGCAUCUAUUUAGGUUAGAUUUGACUGUUAUGCUAUGAAUAUUAAUAGUCCGUAUUGUUUCAAGCUCUUCUGUAAAAUAUGAAGAAAAGUGCUCUUAGCAUUGUGUAAAAUUGCAUCGUUAAAUAUAUGUGUGCAAUCAA